AUGCAGUCGACUUCUAAUUCUUCUUUAAAGGAUUCGCAAUCAAGCAUGUUUGUAUCUCGAAAAGUAACCAAUAAGGAAAUGCAUAUCGAUAUUCCUCAAACAUCAUCUCGUCGUGAAAUCCCUAAAAGAAAAUUGAAUUUGCCUAAAGUCAAAAACAAGAAUAAUGAUAAUAAAGAUGUUUCUGUUAAAACUGUGAUUAAACCUGGCAAUAAGAAGUCGCUAGUAGAGCAGGUUAAGACGAAGCAAAAAACUUGUAAUUCUCCUAAGAAAAAAUUGAAUUUACCUAAAUUCAAAAACAAGAAUAAUGACAAUAAAGAUGGUUCAAUCAAAAUGAUCAAUCCGGGCAAUAAGAAGUCGCAAGUAGAAAAGGUUAAAACGAAGCAAAAAACUUUGGGUGUACGCUUCAAGGAUAAUUUACCAGUGAAAACUUUGCGUCAUGAUAUUAACGAAACUCAUCCAAUGAUUAUUUUAGAAAUCAUCGCCUCGCCUAAAGUAUCUGCUAAAUCCAAAUCUUUAACAGCUCAUUCGCAUCAUACCCAUGAAAAAGGAGUGGCUGGAGAAACUUCUGAAAUACCUUCAAGAUCUGAAACUUACUAUUUUGUGAAAAGCACAAAAGAUGGGGAUUCAUUAUCAAUAAUAUCUAACCAGGAAUUGUUGAGUAGUAAAUCAGCAAUUAAAACAAGCAUUCCUCCGAAGAAUCAAUCAGAUGGAAAUGGAGAUGGAAUCAGAUCCAACAUUAAUACCGAUACAAGUUUUUUUAAUGGCACAGAAAGUGCAGACUCAAUAUAUGACAAUUAUACUACAAGAAAUAUAUUCAAUGAAUACAAAAAAAUAUGUGAUAAAGCCAAUCCUGAUGGCGCAAUAUGUUCAAGCACCCAAAUAUCUGAAAAUAAAAUCAAUAUACCACCAAAUCAUCUGAGUUAUACGUUUCAGAACAAAUUGGAAACGACAAAUGAUACACGCAAAAACUCCAGGAAAUUAUUUUCAGAACCGAUGAACGAAGCAGCCUCUUGUAAUGGACGAAUACCCUUACUCGAGUUUGGAAAUUGCCCAAAUAGUUUAACUAGAUUAAUAGAAGAUCGUAAGAAAAAUAAUUCUACUGUGAAUCUAGAGUUUGGUAAAAAUCAAAACAGCAAAAUAACUAUUCCGGAUCAAGAUAUAUUUGAAAAUGAGGAAGAACUUUAUGAAAACCACUUAAGAGAGUUUCGUAAUGAUGCUAACCUAAGUUCAAGUGAAUCAACAAAUAAAUAUUCGAAUAUAAAAGAUUUAGUCACAAACGAUGUGAUUAAAAAAAGCUCUAAUGUCAUUCGGAAUACUAGCAACAUAUUAAUUAAUAAUCCAUCACCUAAAGUCUCGCAAGUUCAAACACCAACAUAUCAACGUGAACAUUUUCAAGAAGGAAAUCUUGCUUCUAAUUCGAUCAAAGAUAGUAAAACUAAAAAAAUCUCAAAUAGUAAUAUUAAUGAACAGCAUCAUGACAUAUAUGAGCCAAAACAGAGUAUCUCUAGACAUGCAUUGCAAGAUAUUUCUGACAUAAAUAAAAAUUUCAGCGCUAGUGUAUUUCAGGAAGCUUGUGAAAAUGUUUGCGCUGAGAAGACUAAUACAAAUUUACAAUCGGCAGAAAAUCGUGAUGAACAAUAUAACCAGAGUAAUGUUAAUAACCAAUCUCCUGAUAGUCCUUUUAAUAUGGAAAUUUUACUGGAAAAUAGAAAUCGCCGAGAUAAAUGGAAGAUAAGACAAAAAUUUGAUUGCAAUGGCGAGCUGAGAAAGCCACCGCAAAAACUAAACAUACCAAUUCCAUUGGUGAGAGAAAUGAUGCAAAUCCCAUAUUAUAAACCUAAGUCAAGGCUCUAUAGCAGCCCAUAUAGCAAAGACUACACAAGUUCCGGGGGGUGCCAGUCUUACAAGGACUAUCUACUUAAAAAGGAUCUGUACGAACAGCAAAAGCUAAAACACGUUCCACGAGUCGAUCCAUGUCAAAAAGAACCGCAUCCUACACCAACAUUCAGCAGAAUGAAUGUCGAUUUUCUGGAGGCAUACAUGUAUGAAAUUUCGAUCUUUUACUCGAACCAAACAAAUUUUGAUUCUUACUUUAAGGAACAAGAAAUGGAAAGGAAAGGAGAGAAAUGA